UUGUACCUAAAAGCGAAAAUCUCUCUACCUCUUCCCCCAAGUCCUUUCUCUGCCCGAACCCAAACCCGUUCAUCUUCUCUCCUACAAGUCCCCGCUCCUUCUCCAAACCCUAACCAUCCCUUUCCUUACCCAAACUCUAUAUAAUCAUAUCGGUUGAUCUGAGCUUCGAUCGAUCGAUCGAUCGACCGAUCUCGAUCUCUUUUUUAUUUAUUUAUAAUGGAGGCGAAAUCAAGGGUCGCCGUCGUGGUUCUCGGCGACAUCGGACGCAGCCCUAGGAUGCAAUACCACGCCCUUUCCCUCGCUCAACAGGUCCAUGCUGAGGUGGACAUUGUUGCAAAUGGAGGUAAUGAUCCUCAUAUUGCUAUUAAAGAAAAUCAGUCUAUCCAUCUUCACACCAUGAGGUCAGUGGAGUUCCAAGGAUUAUCAAAGAUAUCAAGGGUUUUGGCACUUCUAUUCAAGGCAGCAACUCAGUUUGUUAUUUUAGUUUGGUUUCUUUGUUUCAAGAUUCCUCGCCCAGAUGUUUUUCUUGUCCAGAAUCCACCAUCUGUUCCCACAUUAGCUGCUGUGAAACUAUCAAGUUGGCUUAGACAGUCUUCUUUUGUCAUUGAUUGGCACAAUUUUGGAUAUACUCUGCUCAGUUUGUCUCACGGAAGAAGUCAUAUGCUAGUAAAAGUUUAUCGCUGGUUUGAGAAAUUUUUUGGGAGGAUGGCAACUGGGUCAUUGUGUGUCACAAAGGCGAUGCAACAUGAGCUUGACCAGAAUUGGGGAAUCAAAGCAGUAGUCCUCUAUGAUCAGCCUCCAGAGUUCUUCCAUCCUGCCUCAUUGAAGGAGAAACAUGAGUUGUUUUGCAGGCUAGAGAAUAAUAUAUGUCAACCAAAUGGUAUUCGGGAUUGUGUUAGCACAGGAUUUGAAGGCCAAGACACUUGUAGUACUGGGAGUUCGAGCCAUACUAUAUUUACUGUACAGAUUAGUGAUGGCGUUUCUUUAAAGGCAAACAGGCCUGCGCUUGUCGUUAGCAGUACUAGCUGGACUCCAGAUGAAGAUUUUAGCAUACUUCUCGAAGCAGCUGUUAUGUAUGAUAGACGUGUUGCUGCAGCAUUAAAGGAGGAUGAUUUGAUUGAUGAAGAAAAGUACUGGAGGGAUAUCCAUAAGGGACAGCAGUACUUGUAUCCUAGAUUGUUAUUCAUCAUCACUGGAAAAGGACCUGAAAGAAGUAAAUAUGAAGAACAAAUAAAGAAGUUAAAACUAAGACGUGUGGCAUUCCGAACAAUGUGGCUAUCAGCUGAGGAUUAUCCGCUAUUACUUGGAUCAGCAGAUUUAGGUGUGUCCUUACACACUUCCUCAUCUGGUUUGGACCUUCCAAUGAAGGUCGUUGAUAUGUUUGGAUGCGGGCUUCCUGUUUGUGCUGCUUCCUUCUCAUGCAUCAAGGAACUUGUAAAGGUGGAAAAGAAUGGCCUUCUGUUUUCAUCGUCAUCAGAGCUUGCUGAUGAAUUUAUGAUGCUAUUCAAAGGUUUUCCAGAUAACUGCAAUGCCCUGAAGUCCUUAAGAGAUGGGGCUUUAUCAACAGGAUCCUCGAAAUGGUCUACCGAGUGGGAAACAUAUGCACUGCCGCUUAUAAGAGAGAACAGAUUGCUAUCAGUACAACUUGCACAUGCUACAAUAAAAGGUGAAGUAUCAACUGUAAAGCAAAUGCAUGAGGUUGUGUCUGUUUUUAUUGGCUGUUCGCAAAGGCACGGAAAAGGUUGUUUGAGAGAAACAUGGAUGACAUGAUCAAGAUUUGGAAAAAAAAAAAUUCAUGGGAAAUAUCUUAAAAGGCUUUGUUCACAGGCCACUUGGUGAGCCUGCAUGUUGUUACCAGUAAAUUGACAUGUUGAAAGUGUACUUGGUGUGCUUACGUCAUUAGGUUGAUAUGGAUUUUGUUCUUAAUUUUGGUUUUAAGUGUAAAGGAUACUAACGUAUCAGCGGCUCUAAAUGUAUACCGACUUAUCGGCUCUAUGACAAGUUGGCAGAUACAAUUGAGAUUAAAGUAACAUGUAAUCAUUUGAGGUUUCAGUUGAUAAUGUUAUUGGUUAGUGUUGAUUUUAGCUC